GUAGUAGGCGGGACUUCCCUGUACGGACGUCCCUUGUUUAAAAUGUCUCCUUAACAACCGAGCUGGGAGUCAAACAGCAGAAGUUUUCGCUGGAUAAACGCUUGGUAAAUAGCCACAUUGAGUCGGAAUGGCUGGAACUGGCGAGGGAAAGAAAGAAGAGGCCGACUAUAAGAGACUGCACAGCUUUCCUCUUAUUAGGCACACGGACAUGCCAGAGGAAAUGAGGGUUGAGACCAUGGAGCUUUGUGUAACAGCCUGUGAAAAAUUUGCCACCAACAAUGAGAGUGCAGCGAAGAUGAUCAAGGAGUCGAUGGACAAGAAAUUUGGCAGCUCGUGGCACGUGGUGAUCGGUGAAGGCUUUGGCUUCGAGGUCACACACGAGGUGAAGAACCUGCUCUACAUGUUCUUUGGAGGGAGCCUGGCCGUGUGCGUGUGGAAGUGCUCCUAGCAGCUCCCCUCUGACGAGGUCACUGGUCUGGGAUUGAACACACCAGCCACCAGCCAGAUGCUGGUUACAUUUGUGUUGCGGCAGAUCAGUUUGUCCACGCUGUCAGCCACUGUGGCAGAUAAUUGUUUGUGAAUCUCAUCCAGUUGAAAAAUUUAGUUGGCAGAGAAGAUACUUGAAAGGGGAUUUUGAAUGCAGCAGUCACUUUGGCUGGUGGGCAUAAACAGAGCCCUGCCUUGUCCAUCACAAUUUUUUUCCCACUCUUCUUUUUCUCUGAAGCCGUAUCCAUGGUCCUAAACGUGUGAACAUGCAUGAGUAAGCAAGUUCAACUUUUACGAACACUACAGCCAGCCAGGGUCUCCAAAGUCCUUUAUCCUCAUUCAGGGAGUGCAUGUGUGUGUGAGUGAAUUUAUAUGUUUGUGUGUGCUGGACACACACUGUGUUUUUUUUAAAUAACAUUACAUUGUCACCUCCCUCGGCAGGUUGUGCGACAGUAAACUGUCCGCGCCAUCUCUGAGGUUUCACGCGUGUCUUUCUCUUUCUCAAGCCGCACUAGUCUUUCAAUAAAAUUUGUAAUCUUU